CUCACUCAACACAUCAUUAUGUCUAUAUAUAUUCACUUGGAUAGUUAUUCAAGAGCUCUCUCUCUCUCUCUCCCUCUUCUUUUUUUUUUUCCUAUCUCUCUCCCUUGGAUGUAGGUAGUUUGGGAAGUUAUAGAGCAUUGUCUGGGUGAAAAUGGGCAGAAAGUGCUCACAUUGUGGGAACAUAGGCCACAAUUCAAGGACUUGUACCGCUUAUUCUAGGGGCAAUAUUAGUGUUAUGGCUGCUGGCUUGAGGCUUUUUGGGGUACAGCUUGAUGUCUCGUGCAAUUCUGCUCCUUCUUCUUCUAAUUCUAAUUCCAUUGCCAUGAAGAAAAGUUUCAGCUUGGAUUGCUUGUCUUCAUCAACGACCUCAUCUCCUUCACCAUCAUCGUCACUCUCUUCAUCAAGAAUUUCCAUCAGUGAAAACUCUGACAAGAUAUCUAUUGGUUAUCUCUCCGACGGACUCUUAGGUCGACCUCAGGAAAGGAAAAAAGGGGUUCCAUGGACAGAAGAGGAACACCGUUCUUUCCUAGUUGGACUUGAAAAGUUAGGAAAAGGAGACUGGAGGGGAAUUUCAAGAAACUUCGUGACCACAAGGACACCAACCCAAGUUGCCAGUCAUGCUCAGAAGUAUUUUCUUCGCCAAGCCAGUCUCAACAAAAAGAAAAGGCGAUCCAGCCUAUUUGACAUGGUUGGGAGCAAGAACGCAGCCCGUCAUCAGGUUUUCGAUUUGAGUUUCGAGCUAAAUAAUGAUACAACCUCAGCUACUUGUCUGAGCAGCAAAGCAAGCUCAGAUCUUGACACAGCUGCCCCUUUGUUAGACCUUAAUUCAUUUGCUGUGGAUACUACAACCAAUCACCAAGCUUGCAUAGAAGUUCAAGAGGGCUCUUCAUCACAUCACAUGGAUAUCGACUCCAUGUCCAUUUGGCCAGCUGCAUCCGGAUCUUCAAGCUAUCAGCUCUCGAAUAUUUCCUCCAUCACGAGUACUACCGGAGCUCCUGAUUUGGAGCUGACUCUGGCCGCCCCGAAGACGGCGGCUCAAAACAACCCUCCCCCGCCUCCAGCUUCCAUCCUAAUUAUGGGACCAAUCAGUGUUAUCUGACUUGCAUAUGAAGAAACAUAAACAACUCAGAAUACCCUUAUGGUAUCAUAUCAAUUCAUAGAUCAAUGAAGUUAUGUAUUGUUCAUUAAAAGUUACCAUCUGCGGAACAGAACCAGAUGAUCAAAAAUUUGUUCCUCUAACCUUUAACGAACAAAAUUCUCUUAGAAUA